CGAGUCCAAAAGAAAUGUUAAACCUACAAAAAAUGGUGUGUUCUCUGUACUAGGCAUUGCUUUGGAGUAUGAGAAAAUACAGUUAACAACUGUUCCACUAUAAGAUUUGCAUUUGCUACAGAAAUCAAUCAGUCCGAUGUAGAACACAGAGAAAAAAAACAAAGCUUAUGCAAAUAUUACACAGGGAGAAUACAGAAGACAGGUGAUCCUAGGUUUAGAAACCGCCCUCUCGGGGUUCAGUUAACAAAGUACAGUGACAGACUAAGACACAACAAGUGAACACAACGAACAUGGCACUAGCUGGAAAAGUUGCUCUUGUGACUGGGGGAGCUCAAGGAAUCGGAAGAGCAGUUGCCGAGGCUCUACUGCAAAAUGCUGCAAAGAUUUCUGUUGUAGAUUUUAAUCAGGAGGUUGGAGAACAGUGUGUUACCAGCUUGGACCAAGAGUUUGGAACUGACAACUGUUUGUUUAUUCAGUGUGAUGUUACUGAUCGAGAGAAACUGCAAGAUGCCUUCAAGAGAACCGUUGAACGCUUUGGAAAGCUGGACAUUGUUAUUAACAAUGCUGGCAUCAAUAAUGAGAAAAAUUGGGAGAAGACAAUUGAAGUUAAUUUGACUUCCGUGGUAAAAGGGACAUACCUUGGUCUAGAACACAUGAGCAAAGAGCAUGGCAAGCAAGGAGGUGUGAUCAUUAAUGUUUCAUCAAUGGCAGCAUUUUUGCAUUCCCCACACCAACCAGUAUACACAGCCACAAAAUAUGGUGUUGUUGGAUUUACAAGAGCCAUAGCUGAAGCAUCCGAGAUAGAAAACUAUGGGGUGCGGAUAAAUGUGCUUUGUCCUGCUUUUGUGGAUACACCACUCCUCCAGUCAAUUGAUCAGGAAGAAAAGAUGGGGAAAUUUUACAAACACAAGGAUGAGAUAAAACAAAGAAUGGAUAUUUAUGGGAUAUUACAGCCAUCGUUAAUUGCUGAAGGGAUGCUGAAGAUCAUUAAUGAUAACAGCCUGAAUGGAGCAGUUAUGAAAAUUACCACAUCCAAAGGGAUUCACUUUCAGAGUUAUGAACCAAUGUCUUCAUGAACAAUGCAGUGCAGUUUGACCACUAUACAUAAAUACAGGCUAUGGAAUUUGGAAAACUUAAUUACUGUUUGGACUGUGAUUAAGAUCUAUUUGUACUGAAAAUUCUAUAUAAGGUUAAAAAAUGUAUGCUUUUAAAUUAUUUUCUUGACGGUAAUUGUUAAUCAAAAUCUGUAGUUUUAAAAAAAAAAGUUAUCAUUUUAAUUAUGUCUUAUUUCAUGUUAACUGUGAUGAAGUAUGUUUAAAUGCAACAUUUUGAAUCAAUACUGAAAAGUUGGAGAAUUAAAUUGCUCUCAAUAAUAUGUACUUUUCUUCAGUAUUUUGCUGAUUUUAAAUAGCAUUUUAAAAGAACUUGGGAAAUCAUUAGAUGAGUUAAGAAUCCCAGGAAUUCUUGACCAACGAUCAAAGAUGGGAGUAACUCAAGGUUAUUCUGUUACAACCCAUAUGAGAAGUGACUCCUCUUUCCUAGGCCUGGCUCGAUUCGAAAAUAGUUUAUGAAACUGCCCGUUCAAGAUUUAUGCAAAACGUUCUGUUUAAUUUAUGUCAGCAGCAACAACAUUUGUUUCAUGAAAUUGGUAAUCAUUUUGUUGCUUGAAAUCAGAAACCAUGCCAUUUAAGAUAGAAUACAAAUUAGUCUGUUUAACCAAAGAAUCGGCAUGUGUUUAGUUCCAAUCAAAAUGAAGGCAAAUGGCUGUCACCCAAGUAUUUUAAACACAAUAUUGACCUUCUCUAGCUGGUGAGAGUCUGGGAAACUUUGAAAUUGCAAUGGGAGACAUUACACUUUCAUUAAUUACAGGCUUU